AUGGCGGUCUUAAAGGUGACGUUCACCAAGACCACUCGGGGCAAGCUAGCCCUGGUGUUGUGGGUCCUCAACUGGAUCUCUGUGUUAACGGGCAUCAUCCUCUUCAGCCUGGGCCUCUUCCUGAAGGUGGAGAUCCAGAAACGGAAGGAGCUGAUGUCCGCUGAUGUCCACUCAGUGCCCGACAUGCUCAUCGCCACGGGCCUGGUGGCCUGCGUCAUCAACUUCCUGGGCGGCAAGAUCUGCUACGAUUGCGUUGAUACCACCAAGUUCCUGCGAUGGAAGCUGCUGAUGCUACCGUACAUCGUGUGCACCUUCCUCUUUACCUUCUGUAUCCUGGUGGGUGCGCUCAUGUGCUACAGCAUGAGGAACGAACUGGAGGAGUCACUAUUUCUGGGAUUGCGUAACGCCAUGCUCUACUACAAGGACACAGGCACGCCGGGACGAUGUUAUCUCAAACGCACAGUGGAUUUGCUGCAAAUCCAAUUCCAGUGUUGCGGAAAUGCCGGCUUCCGCGAUUGGUUCCAUGUCCAGUGGAUCAACAACCGCUGGCUGGACAUGACCCACAGUGAAGUAACAGACCGUCUGAGGAGUAACGUGGAGGGAAAGUACCUGAUGGACGGAGUGCCUUUUAGCUGCUGUAACACAUUCUCUCCACGACCCUGCAUCCAGACCCAAGUCACCAACAACUCCGCCCACUACAACUAUGACUGGAAGACGGAGGAGCGCAACCUGUGGACGAGGGGCUGCCGUCAGGUCCUGCUGGACCAUUACACCAACAUUAUGCAGUCCAUCGGCUUUAUCGUGCUCAUCAUCUGGUUGUUUGAGCUAUGGGUGCUGACGGGCGUACGGUAUCUCCAGACAGCUAUGGAGAACCUUCUACGGCAGGGUGACCCCGACCUGGAGUCUGACGGCUGGCUCCUGGAGAACAGCAUUGCCCAGACGGCCCGCUCUAACUUCAAAAUCAUCAAGAACCUAGGCAAGUGCUACCAGGUGGACGAUGAUCCUAACAUCGAUGUGCCCAGCACCGCUCAGCAAGAUGUGUCCACUUGCCAGAUCCCUGUGGCUAGAUAG